AUAAUAAAAAUAGUAGUAACAAUGAUAACGAUAAUAAUAACUCAAUAACAAUUAGUGAGAGUAUAUAUAAUGAAGAUUUAGUCAUUAAAACACUUAGCAACAAACCAGUCAUCAGUUCAAUUUGUUUCUUAUAAAUUAAAAAAAUUAUAAAAAGGACAAAAUGUGUCUGAAAAAUAUAUUGAUCGUUUUUUUCAUAGUAGUCUACUCUCCGAAGUCUUACGCCUUGAAGCGCUCGGUCAUGGUCACCGAGUUCUAAAAUAGUUUAGAACUAUGUCUUUUGCGCCAUCUACUGAUAUCUUCAAGAGCUCUGAGACAAUAUUUUACAGAACGAUUUUUAAUAGGGUUCAAAGUAAAAAUGUCUAUCAACUUUUGGAGGUACCAACAGUUGGCGGCCAACUUGGUGUCCAGUUGCGGCUGCAAGUUUCUCGUCAACUUGGCUAUCAGGAAUCUGAUGCAGCAAAAUUGCAAACAAGCUUACAGAAGUUAACAUUAGGCCAUAAUUUAAUUCCGGACGAAUUAAAAUCAGUGAUUUAUAGAUCGAUUGAUAUUGAGGAUGAUAGCUCACGAGUACUUAAAGUUCGACGGUUUGACAAUAAUCUGAUCCCAAUGUCAACUUUAUUAAAUGGAUCAUCUUCUGAAAAACCGUUUAUUAUAGACGUCGUUGGGGUUCAUCAAUUUUGUCCAGUCGAAAGUCGUACAAUUUUACCGAGUUACAUCGAUGCGAUACAAUCUAAAUUUACAGAUUUAGAAAAUCGUGUCAAAUCAGCAGAAACGUCAUUGCCAAAUUUAAAUGAUAAGUAUGUAAAGUCAAUUGAAGAUGCAGCAACUGAAUUAUCUACUUGUCUUCAUUUUCUUGAUCGCCGUCUUGAUGAACUCAUUCCGAAUUCAUGGCAAUCACAACUUAAUUCAUCAGCUUAAUUAAAAAAAAACAAAUUAAAUAUGGGGCAAAUUACCCCAAAUUUUUUCGGACUAUAUUCUGCUCAUUUCUUCUUUUUUUUUAUUUCAUAACCUCAUUCGCUGUCUUUUCUCAUCUUUUUUGCCACACUUAGCAAUCGCGAAGCGCGUUAGUGGGCAAGACUUCAGACAGAUGGCAGUCUGACGUUUAUAUGGAACGAACCUCAAAGAACAAUGCCAUGAAGACUAGAGAAGUCUAGUCUCCAUAUGCAAUGUAUUAUCUCAACUUGUGAAAAAUAAUUAAUUUGCUUACUGUGGGAUUCGAACCUAAGCCUUGUCAGUACUUGACUAGGACAAGAUUGUUGUCCGCUUGACAACAAGCCCUGGUUCACCAUAAAAAUAUUAUUUUCGGGAAAAAAUAACAAUUAGCAAUAAAAACAUGAAUUUAUUUUUAUUUAAACCAAUUGAAAAUUAUUUAUGUAUAAAAAACAAUUAUUCACAGUGUUAACAUAUUAUUUAUUUUAUAAACUAUAAAUAUAAAUAAAUUAUUAAUACAUUUUAAAAUUAUUUACAUGUAAAAACAAAUAAUAAUAAAAACUAUUGUUAUCUAAUAUGGAA